UCCACGUACCUGCAGUAUAGGGAUGAUUCCGAAUGGAAGGCUAAGCGCUUAUUGGAGAAGGCUAGACCAGAAUUGAGGGAACAAUUGGCUCAUCUAGAUAUCCGAGAUUAUGAUGAAAUGUGCAUAAAACUACAAGUAGUAGCUCGCAGUAAGAAGGAGGUUGAGAGAGAGAAGAGGGGUUAUUCAUAUAGUAGACCCCCAACCUACCCUCGACCCACCGGAGGCAUUAUGAAGAAAAACCAUCAGGGUUCGAGUAGCUCAUGGAACCAAGGAAGGCAGAAGGGUCCAUUUCAAAGGGGCCAAGGACAGAGGAGCUAUCAUAGUAGUUAUUACGGGUCACAGAGGAGCCCAACAGUAUCUACCCCUGCCCCGAGUACAGCGAGCUCUCAACAGUGCACUAAAUGCGGGCGUCGUCAUUUCGGACAGUGCUGGGUCUGUUACAUUUGUGGGAAACCCGGUCACAUUGCAAAGUUUUGUGGGGACAACCAGGGCUCAAAUAUGAAGAACCCUUCCCAACAUCCUACUGUCUCUGGUCGUGUGUUUGCUCUUACUCAGGACACCAUGAACUCCCCAGAUGCCAUUAGAGGAGCGAAUCCGGCCGAGAAAGCACCAGAGGUGUAAUUAUGGUGUAUGAGACACCAUCUUUUACGUUGCCUCUUAUUUUGGAUUAUACAAUGUAUCUUGUGCCAACUUAGGACAUAUCUUGUCUAUG